CAUUUGGCGCUGCACCGCCCUGCGCCAUGCCCUUCAGCCCAGUGCUCCGAGGAGAAAGCGUACGACGUUGGUCCCCGCCGUGGUUUGUAGCUGGCGGUCUGAGGCCAAGCCUCAAGUAGGAACGGUAUCAUCAUGAUGAGAGGACGGCCGGGCCGAGUGCCCUUACAGUUCCUGCCGGAUGAGGCCCGGAGCCUGCCCCCUCCCAAGCUGACCGACCCAAGGCUCGCCUACAUCGGCUUCUUGGGCUACUGCUCCGGCCUGCUUGAUAACGCGAUCCGGCGGAGGCCCGUGAUGUUGGCGGGUUUGCAUCGCCAACUUCUAUAUGUUACCUCCUUUGUUUUUAUUGGAUACUAUCUUUUAAAACGUCAAGACUAUAUAUAUGCUGUGAGGGACCAUGAUAUGUUUGCAUAUGUAAAAUCACACCCGGAGGAUUUUCCUGAAAAAGAUAAGAAAACUUAUGGUGAAAUUCUUGAAGAAUUCCAUCCAAUACGUUGAAAUCUCCAAAAUGCUUGUUCCAUUUUCACUGAUACAGUUAUUUCUGAAUUUUGUGGAACGUGUUUUCGUGAUAUCUAAAGUUUAUAUUAAUCUGUGUGUUAACACCUUGAGAUUAAAAUGGUCACCAUGAACAUUCUGA